AUGGUCCAAUGUGACCGAUGCGAUACUUGGUGGCACUUCGGAUGCGUCGGAGUGGAUGAGAGCGUCAGCGAGAGGAGCUUUAUCUGCCCCAAAUGCGAGAAUUCCACUUCGCUGCUACAGUCGCAGCCCACAACUGGCGUAGAGCUAAUACCACCCAUGGAUAGUAUAUCUCUGACGUCCAGAAGAUCGUCCGUUUCGAAUGCGAGUGCGCGAGCUCGUCUAAACCUAGAGAAACUCGAAGUUAAGAAAGCCCUAGCCGAGAAGACGUUAAAUCUGGAACGUCGUGAACAGGAGCGAAAGCUCGAGCUUGCUCGUCUGCAGAAUGAAGGAGAACUGGAACGGAAGAAGCUUGAAUUGCAACGGGAGUAUGAAGAAGAGAGGAUUCGUUUGAUGGAGGAAGAGCUAGUGGAAGAAGAGGAACGAAGCGUACGUUCUCAGCAAAGCAGCAGUAGUAAGGUACGACAGUGGAGAAGUCAAUUGCAGUUCGGUGGGGCCUGUUCGACGAUGCGAUACCCUGCAGCGAAUGAGGCACGAGGCGAACGCAAUGUGAAAAUGACCACUACGACGACUACGGCGGCUUCUGAUGUACCUGUGUCCCAGCCGCUAAACUCGACAUCACGCCUCACUGAAGAAGCAGCAAAUAACCACCAGCAAGCCGGUGACGCUGGCAACGGAUUUGAGGUACAGGCCCUGCCGAAAGCGAAGACGUGUAUUGGGACUGGAGCAGUUCCAAAACAGCUUCCUACCAGCACACCGACUGGCGAAAUAGUAAAGUCUUUCCCUCCCCCAUCGAUGCCUUCGGCUUGCGGCUAUACCGAUGCGGAAAACUUGAUACGUCUUCAACGCUGUUUGAAGGGUACGGCAUUGGAAGCGGUUAGAAGUCGAUUGCUGUUUCCUGCUGCAGUUCCUCAUGUCAUCGCUACGUUGGAGACCUUGUAUGGAAAGCCGGAACAUCUUAUUUUCAUGUUGGUGAAAAAGGUUCGUGAGGUGCUAGCACCGAAAUCGGAUAAACUGAAAACGCUGAUUGGCUUCGGCAUGGCGAUACAAAACCUAUGUGAUCACGUAGAAAUGGGACAACAAGAAACACAUCUCAACAACCUUACUCUUCUGUACGAACUAACAGUUGACAAGAUUCCAUCACACUUAAGGUUGGAUUGGGCGCUGUUUAAGCAGGAAGCACCGGUAACCAACCUGCGAACUUUCGCUCAGUUUAUGUCGAGACUUGUGACUGCCGCAGCGGACGUGACUCUACACAUAGAACCAAGAGCAAUGCAGAAGGUAAAGCUGGAGAAACCCAGAGAAAAGAUUUUUUUGGGAGCGCACGCCGGAUCAAAACACAUCAACGAUGCGACGAAGAUGAGCGGGUCACAAGGGCACUCAGGACGAUCGGAAAAUUCUAUUGUCUGUCUAGUGUGCAAGGAUACAGGACAUAAGGUCAGGGAAUGCAAGCAAUUUGGUGAUAUGACGGUAGAUGAGCGGUGGAAAACUAUUCAAGCUUAUUCACUUUGUCGAACUUGUAUCGGCGCUCAUGGGAAACGACCAUGCAAGUCUAAAAAGUUGUGUGAUAUAGAAGGGUGUCAAGCAAAACAUCAUACUCUUCUACACUCGACUCAAACCCGUUCAGAAGUAUCAGAACCUAUUCGUGGAAUUAUGAAUCAUCAUCACGCAGCUCGUUCCAGUCUAUUUCGUAUUCUUCCAGUAACACUAUUCGCUAACAAUCGUUCUAUCGUGGUAUACGCUUUUCUCGAUGAGGGAUCGUCACGAACACUGAUUGAGGAGGAUGUCAUCAAGCGACUAGGGGUAGACGGAGAACCUAGCCCGUUAUGCCUUCAAUGGACGGCGAACAUCAAGAGAUUUGAGAAGAACUCGAGGAAGGUUAGCCUGGAGAUAGCAGGAGGCAGCAAGAAUUACCGAUACCAGCUGUUCGAUGCACAAACCGUGAACCGACUGGAUCUGCCUCGGCAGUCAAUGCGCUAUGCAGAGAUGGUGGCGAAGUAUCCCUAUUUGGAAGGAUUGCCUAUCGAGGAUUAUGCAAAUGCCGUUCCGAAAAUACUGAUCGGCAAUGACCAUUCGCAUCUAGGAGCUAGUUUGAAGAUAAGAGAAGGGAACCCACAAGAACCAAUUGCCGCCAAAUCACGUCUAGGAUGGACCAUCUAUGGAUCGGUAUCCGGAGCAAGCGAGAGAGCUCUAAGUUUUCACAUUUGCAGUUGUGAAACAAACGCUUCUCUUCAUGAAUUGGUGAAGAAAUAUUUCUCCAUCGAAAGCCUGGGAGUGAAGGCCAUUGACUGUCCGGAAUCGAAAGAAGUUCAGAGAGCUAAUCGAAUUCUGCAGCAUACUACGAGGCGCGUCGGACAGCGAUAUGAAACAGGCCUCAUAUGGAAGUACGACACGAUUAAAUUUCCCGACAGUUAUCAAAUGGCCAAGAAACGAAUGCUUUGUUUGGAGCGACGAAUGGCUAAGAAUUCGAUAAUAGGAAACAGCGUUAAGAAACAAAUGAUUGAAUACCAAGAAAAGGGGUAUAUACAUCCAGCGACCGAAGCGGAAAUGAAGGAAGCUGACCCUCAGAAAAUCUGGUACUUACCACUAGGCGUUGCUCUGAAUCCCAAAAAGCCGGAUAAAAUCCGAAUAUUCUGCGAUGCAGCAGCUAUGGUGGAAGGAGUCUCACUAAACUCCAUGCUGUUGAAGGGACCAGAUCUGAUUAGUUCUCUACCUGUGGUACUGUUUGGAUUCCGGGAGAAACGCUACGCAAUCUGCGCCGACAUCAAAGAGAUGUUCCAUCAGAUUCAAAUAAGAAAAGAGGACCGGAACGCUCAGCGGCUGUUGUGGAGAGAUGAUACAGAAACCGAACCAGUAACGUACAUUAUGGACGUGGCCACAUUUGGCUCCACAUGCUCCCCUUGUUCCGCCCAGUAUGUUAAAAAUCUGAAUGCUUCCUCUCAAGCGGUAGAGUUCCCAAGGGCGGCCGAUGCUAUAAUCAGGAAACAUUAUGUCGACGACUACCUGGAUAGUGCAGACACAAUAGACGAAGCAGUGCAGCUGGCGAAGGAUGUACGGACCGUACAUUUUCGGGGUGGAUUUCAUAUCAGAAACUGGAUGUCAAACUCCGGAGAAGUACUCAGACGAGUCGGGGAAACCAGUUCAGCAACAAAAAAGGACCUCGUGCUAGAUAGAACCAGUGCUACGGAACGGAUUCUCGGAAUGCUAUGGAGCCCCGAGCAAGAUGAGUUCAGCUAUUCUGCUAGUAUGCUAGUAGCUCAGCAGCGUCCGACCAAGCGCAUAGUUCUCCGAGUGGUGAUGAGUCUGUUUGACCCUUUAGGACUCAUGUCAUUCUUUGUCAUUCACGGCAAGAUUCUAAUUCAGGAUAUUUGGAGAGCGAAGACAGAGUGGGAUGAACCUAUCCCCGAGAAGCUGUGUCAGCGUUGGUGGCAGUGGACAAAGUUGUGUGAACAAUUGGAUUGUAUUCGCAUUGCUCGUUGCUACUUCCCGGAUCGGCACACGAACGAGUUCCUAUCGUUACAGCUCCACGUUUUCGUUGACGCCAGUGAAGGAGCCUAUGCCUGCGUGGCGUACUUGAGAGCUGAAUACGAUGGAACGGUGGAAUGUGCACUUGUGGCCGCUAAGUCAAAAGUUGCGCCUCUGAAAUCUUUAUCGAUUCCACGCUUGGAGCUUCAAGCGGCUGUACUCGGAGUACGCUUACAGAAAAUGAUCCGCCAGGCGCACGGUCUGGCAAUAGGGGAGUGUUUCUACCAUACCGACUCUAAGAAUGUAUUGGCGUGGAUUAAGUCGGAUCACCGCAACUAUCGACAGUUUGUGGCCGUAAGGGUUGGAGAAAUCCUGACUGAAUCAACCGAACAGGAGUGGCGCUGGGUCCCAUCUAAGGAAAACGUUGCAGAUGACGCCACAAAAAGUGGUUCACUCGCUCAGUACGGAGUCGUGGAAUUUCACAGCGACAAUGGCACUAACUUUGUCGGUGCCAGUAAUGAUCUACGAAAAGAGCUGACCAAUGUUAAUGCUGAGCUUGCAGAGACGUUCACCAACUCUACUACGAGAUGGUGCUUCAUUCCACCGUCGGCGCCACACAUGGGCGGAGCAUGGGAGAGGCUUGUUAGAUCUAUCAAGACAGCCCUGCAAGCUAUGUAUACUACUAGGAUCCCAGAUGAGGAAACUUUCGGGACUCUUAUCGUGGAGGCAGAAUCGAUCGUGAAUUCUAGACCUCUAACCUUUGUUCCGGUGGAUCCAAACCAGGAGGAAGCACUAACUCCAAACCACUUCCUCUUGUUAAGUUCAAGGGGAGUAACGCAACCGGUGAAAUCUUUAGCGGAACCAGGACAAGCCUGUAAAAGCAGCUGGAAUUUAUGCCGUAUCAUGGUCGACUCGUUUUGGAGACGAUGGAUCCGGGAAUACCUUCCCACGAUAGCUAGAAGAACUAAAUGGUUCGAAGAAGUUAAACCAGUGGACGUAGGAGACUUGGUUAUAGUUGUAACCGAAGUGGCACGCAAUGGAUGGAUCAGAGGACGUAUUAUUGAAGUUAUUCGAGGACGUGACGGGAGAAUUCGACAGGCGGUUGUGCAGACUUCAAAGGGAGUGAUCCGUCGGCCGAUUGCAAAGUUGGCUGUAUUGGAUGUAAUGAAUAGUAACGUUGCCCAGAAGAAGUCAGGGACAAGUUACGAGUCGGGGAAUGUUGAGAACCGCUGUUGA